AUUAACCCACUAACUCUAAACAUCAUCACACUAACACUACUCUCAGGAACCAUAAUCACAAUAUUUAGCUCACACUGACUCCCAGCCUGAAUUGGCCUAGAAAUAAACAUAUUCGCAAUAAUCCCUAUCCUAAUACUAAAACACAACCCACGAUCAACAGAAGCAGCCACCAAAUAUUUCCUUGUACAAACCACAGCAUCCGCACUUCUAAUAAUAGCCGUAAUAAUUAACUUCAUAUACUCCGGCCAAUGAACAAUUAUAAAAAUCUCCAACCCACUGGCAACACACAUCAUCACCAUCUCCAUCACCAUAAAAAUAGGACUAGCCCCAUUCCACUUCUGAGUACCAGAAGUAACCCAAGGAACCCCAUUACUCCCAGGAAUAAUCCUACUAACAUGACAAAAACUAGCCCCCAUCACAAUCAUAUCUCAAAUCACAACCUCCAUCAACCCCACACUCCUACUCAUGAUAGCUGUACUCUCCAUUAUAGUUGGGGGCUGAGGAGGACUAAACCAAACACAACUACGAAAAAUCAUAGCCUAUUCAUCUAUCGCCCACAUAGGAUGAAUAACAGCCAUCAUUACAUACAACCCCACCUUAAUAACCUUAAACCUCACAAUCUACCUACUCACAACAACCUCAAUAUUCCUUCUACUCAUACCACAAUCAUCAACCACCACUCUGGCACUAACACACACAUGAAAUACCACACCACUCCUAACCACCCUAAUAACAACCGUAUUACUAUCAAUAGGAGGACUUCCCCCCCUAUCAGGAUUCCUACCCAAAUGAAUAAUCAUCCAGGAGAUAACAAAAAAUAACCUAAUUGUAAUACCCACAAUAAUAGCCAUCCUAGCACUACUCAACCUCUACUUUUAUAUACGCCUCAUCUACUCCACAUCACUCACACUAUUUCCAACCACUAACAACACUAAAAUCAAAUGACAAUUUAAACCCACCACACCACCACCCCUCACACCAACUCUGAUUAUCCUAUCCACAACAAUUAUUCCCCUAUCACCAAUACUAUGCAUCCUAGAAUAG